ACUACGGAUUGAGCGGAUUCCAUCUGUCCAUUGGGCGUCGGGUAGGACUCGUGUCCGGUGAGCCAUCACCAUUUCCCUGCAGCCACUUCGCUUGGCAAGCGACAGAUCUACGAUCUAAUUUCCCACCGGCUCCUCCUCCUCGUCGUCGUCUGUAGAACAACCUCCUGCCGACUCCUCAACGCGAGGCGAUGGAGCCGGACGUGAGCAUCGAGACAGGAUCCAUGAUCCGGGUGGCGGUGCUCCCUGUGGGCGGCUCGAUCCCCCACUCGCGGCUGCGGUCGUACGUGGCUAUGCUGGGCCAACAUACCAAGAUCGACCUCUGCUCCAUCAGUUCCUUCUAUUUGGAGCACCAGAAGAGCCCCUUCACCCAUCAGCCAUGGGAGACCGGCAGCAUCCGCUUCAAAUUCAUGCUUGGAGGCUCGCCGCCCAGCCCCUGGGAGGACUUCCAGUCCUGUCGCAAGAUCCUCGCCGUCAUAGGCCUCUGCCACUGCCCCUCUUCCACCGACCUCGAUCUCGUCGGUGAUCAGUUUGCCGCCGCGUGCAAGGGUUACUCUUCUGCCCUUGCGAAACGCUGUUUUGCUUUCUGCCCCUCUGAUUCCCAGUUGGAGGAUGGGGAUAACAAAAGAGAGAACAUCAUCUUGUUUCCCCCUUCUGAUCAAAAGACACAAGAAUUCCAUAUGGUGACUAUGAUGCAAGAUCUUGCUGCUUCUUUGUUGAUGGAAUUUGAGAAAUGGGUUCUUCGUGCCGAAUCUUCUGGAACCAUCUUGAAGACACCUUUGGACUCCCAAUCUAGUCUUGGUGCAGAGGAGUUUAUCAAAGCAAAGAAAAGGAGGCUUGCCCGAGCCCAGAAGACAAUAGGUGAUUACUGCCUGUUGGCAGGAUCUCCUGUUGAUGCCAAUGCACAUUACUCGACCGCGAUUGAGCUAGCAAGGUUAACUGGAGAUGUAUUCUGGCAUGCAGGAGCUCUGGAGGGCAGCAUCUGUGCAUUAUUGCUCGACCGAAUGGAUUAUAAAGAUCCUGUUUUAGAAGAGGAAGUGAAGUACCGCUAUUACACUGCCAUCCAGCUCUAUAGAAGAUCUUAUCUACAAGAUAAUGCACAACGGGUCUCAACAGUGAGCUUUGAACUAGAAGCCACACUGAAGCUAGCUAGGUACCUUUGCCGGCGUGAACUUGCUAAAGAGGUUGUAGAUUUGUUAAUGGGUGCUGCUGAUGGUGCAAAAUCUCUAAUUGAUGCAAAUGAUCGCUUAAUUUUGUAUGUCGAAAUAGCAAGAUUAUUUGGGACACUUGGUUAUCAACGCAAAGCAGCCUUCUUCUCCCGACAAGUAGCUCAAUUAUACUUGCAGCAGGAUAAUUCAUGUGCUGCUAUAAGUGCUAUGCAAGUUUUAACUAUGACCUCAAAUGCUUACCGUGUCCAAAGCAGAAGGAAGAGCCAAAAAAUCAGUCCAGUAUCCCAGGAACUGGGAGCAAGUCAUUCUGAUGGGGGAAAAGUGCACCCUCAAUUAGUCUCUUUAUUUGAGUCUCAAUGGAGCAGCAUACAGAUGGUUGUUUUGAGAGAGAUAUUGAUGUCCUCUGUACGUGCUGGGGAUCCUCUUGCUGCAUGGAGUGCUGCAGCUCGUCUACUUAGAUCAUUUUACCCACUCAUCACGCCUGCUGGUCAGAGUGGACUUGCAAGCUCGCUUGCAAAUUCUGCAGAAAGGCUUCCAUCAGGCACACGCUGUGCUGAUCCUGCCCUUCCUUUUAUUAGGCUGCACUCAUUUCCCCUCCAUCCUUCACAGACAGAUAUCAUAAAACGUAAUUCUCAAAAGGAGUGGUGGACUGGCUCAGUUCCCUCUGGACCAUUUAUCUACACACCUUUCAGCAAGGGAAGUUCCACUGAUUCUGUUAAACAAGAGCUGACUUGGAUUGUGGGAGAACCAGUUCAUGUUUUAGUAGAAUUAGCAAAUCCUUGUAGCUUUGAUCUUAUUGUCGAAAGCAUCUAUCUCUCAGCUCAUUCUAACAACUUUGAUGCUUUUCCUGUUAGUGUAAAUCUACCUUCUAACACUUCCAAGGUGAUAUCGUUAUCUGGCAUUCCAACGAAAGUUGGAGCAGUUUCAAUACCUGGAUGCAUUGUCCAUUGUUUUGGUGUCAUCACAGAGCAUCUAUUUAGAGAUGUUGAUAACUUGCUUCUUGGAGCAUCACAAGGUCUUGUUCUUUUAGACCCUUUCAGAUGUUGUGGUUCUACCAAGCCAAGGAAUGUGUCCUUUCCAAACAUUUCUGUGGUGCCACAUCUACCCCUGCUAGUUUCCCGUAUGGUCGGAGGAAAUGGUUCUACAAUAUUGUAUGAAGGUGAAAUUCGUGAUAUUUGGAUAAGUCUAACAAAUGCAGGGACUGUGCCAAUUGAACAAGCACACCUUGCAUUAUCAGGGAAGAACCAGGAUUCUGUUAGCUCAAUUGCACAUGAUGUUUUGUCGUCAGCUCUUCCUUUGAAGCCUGGUGGUGAAGUGACUAUUCCGGUGACUCUAAAAGCAUGGCAAUUACAUUUAUCUGAUACUGAUUUAGAUGCUACUAAGAGCCCUUCUGCAAAUACACGAAGAGUGUCUAAGGAAGGAAGCAGCCCUUUGUUGGUUGUUUAUUAUUCUGGUCCAUUAACAAAUUCUGAUGAAUUAAACUGCAAUGGGAAUACUGUUCCACCAGGAAGGCGAUUAGUUGUCCCUUUAAAUGUGUCUGUUCUGCAAGGCUUGCGCUUUAUAAGGGCACGCCUGCUUUCAAUGGAGUUUCCUGCACGUAUAGGUGGGGCACUUCCUAAAAGAAUUAAUAGUGAGAAAGAUAUCACUGAAGAAGGAAAUUCUUUGGUAAGGAUUGAUCCUUACCGAGGCAGUUGGGGCCUGCGACUUCUUGAACUAGAACUGUCUAAUCCUACAGAUGUAGUUUUUGAGGUCAAUGUGUCUGUGCAGUUGGAGAGUCAUCCGAGUGAGUAUGGCAUGUCAAUUUUCAACAAUGCAGACAUUGACUUUGGUUACCGGAAAACCAGAAUUGAUCGUGAUUAUUCUGCAAGGGUGUUGAUUCCUUUGGAGAACUUUAAAUUGCCUGUCCUUGAUGUUUCUUUCUUUUCAAAAGAUACUCAAGUCAACAAUGUACUAGGAAAUGCAGUAGCAGAAAGGAAUGCAAAGGCUGAGUUAAAUGCUUCCAUCAACAAUUUGAUAUCCAAAAUAAAAGUGAGAUGGCAUUCUGGAAGAAAUAGUUCUGGAGAAUUGAACAUCAAAGAUGCUACUCAAGCAGCACUGCAAGCAUCAGUGAUGGACAUAUUACUCCCAGAUCCUUUAACCUUUGGAUUCAGGUUGGCUGAAAUUGGAACUCCAUCAGAAAACAUUGGCUCCUCUGAAGAAUCCAGUUCAGCAGAGAAUUCCACUCCUGAGUUCAUUGGAAAAGCUAAAGAUUCCAUAUCAGCUCAUGAGAUGACUCGCAUGGAAGUCAUUAUUCAGAAUAAUACAAAAGAAAAGAUUAGAAUGAACCUGACUGUAUCAUGCAGAGAUGUAGCAGGGGAGAAUUGCUUUGAAGGAAAUAAUGCAACUGUUCUAUGGGCUGGUAUCGUUACUGACAUCAAUCUGGAGGCGCCACCACUCCAAGAAAUUACACAUUCUUUUGCUCUUUACUUUCUUGUGCCAGGCGAGUACACAUUACUCACAGCUGCUGUCAUAAAUGAUCCAACUGAUGUCCUCAGAGCUCGUGCCAAAUCAGAUUCCUCAAACGAGCCAAUCUUUUGCCGUGGCUCCCCUUUUCAUGUACACGUUUCUGGGACUGCCUAAAUACCUAUCAUGCUGCAAUAAGGACAGGUCGUUUCAUUAUCUGUUAUCGGGCCUCCAUGUUUUUAGAUUCAUUCAGGAAUCAUCCAGUUUUGAUUAAUUCAUAUACACGUACGAUUAAAUCACGCUUAGACUCUGGAAAUAUGUAUUCUUUUCUUGCCGUGUUUGUUGUAUGCUCUAUUUUUCUGAUGACCGAAUUCA